AUGGGGUGGGGUGAGGAGCUGGGAGCACUGGCAAACCCUUGUUUUAAUGUGGACGGUGCUGGGGAGAGGUCUGGGAUGGUGUCUGCUUCGCCUCUUGGUCCCUGCAUCCCUGCGGCAUCCCUGGCAGAGCUGCACGCCGUGCCCUUCAUGCCAGUGCAUGCAGCUGUAGGGGCACAGAUCCUGGUACUUGCUUUGGGGGUUUCCACCGCCCUCCCCUACCUAACGGCCGAUGUCACCAGCCCAAUGCCACCUUGCUCACCUAAGAGUGCAGGUGCUUAUUUGUUUUUUAAGCUCGGCGGGCCGCCGGAGGCGGGGGGCUGCCCGGAAUCCUCCUCCUCCUCCUGCCCUUCGCCGGUGGCCAAGGCGGACGGCUUUCCCGCGACGGGCGAGCCGGUGUCGACGGAGGGCAAAACCUCCUCGUCCUCCUUCGGCUACGAAAGCGAGGAGGACGAGGACGCGGGGCGCGGGGCGGCCCCCCCGGGCGUCCCCCCCGGCGGCGGGCGCGACGAGGCGCACUAUAUCAGCACGCAGGAGAUCCAGCUGAGCGAGGUGGACCACGACAUGGACUUCGACGCGGGGCUGGCCGCCCGCUGGGACUUCGAGGACAACAACGUGAUCUACUCCUUCGUGGACUACGCCUCCUUCGGGAGCGACGAGACCCCGGGGGACACGCCGACGGAGGAGGAGGAGGAGGAGAAUAGCUGCUACCUCAGCACGACCACCAGCGACCCCAACAACCAGACGGACAGCAUCGACAACACCAGCAGCACCGAGAUCGUCAGCCUCACCUCCGAACACGACACCCCCGGCGGGGAGAAGCGCGCCAGCUCGGGGGAAAGCCGGUCCAAGCGGCCCGGCCGCCCCGGCGGGAGCCCGGCCGCCCAGCUUCUCCUAUCAAUCAAAGCCGCUUCCCGGGCUAUAAAUGAGUCUAGCAACGUGCGCGGAAAGCAAAACGCUAUUUACGCUGCCAAGCAUGAAGGCGACAUGAGCCUCCGCGUCCCCGCGGCUCCGGAACGCGACGCGAGUUUAAAACCGGACGCGGUCCGCGACCACGCGAAGAAAUUCAUCGCCGUCCCCGCGCGGCUGCAGACCCGGUGCGGGGCCGGCAGGGCGGGGGAGCACUCGAGCGGCGCCUCCAGCGCCGUCAGCGAGCUGGACGAUGCCGACAAAGAAGUGCGAAACCUGACGGCCAGGGCUUUCCGCAGCCUGGCGUACCCCUACUUCGACACCCUGCGCCCCGGCUCCCGCGCCUCCUCCGCCUCCCUGCCCGACAAUGCCCUGGGCAUCAACCGCUGGUCCACCUACCUGGACCUCAAGUGCGGCAGCCUGGGGCCGAGAGCCGAGCCCAGCCUGCUGCGCUCCGGCCGGUCGCAGACCAAAGCCCUCGAGUUCGUGGUCAGCAAGCUCGACGGGGAGAUCGCCCACGUCGAGGCGCCGCGGCGGCUGAGGGCGGGCUCCCGGGUGGUGACCCUGCUGGACCUCGGCGAUGCCCCCGGGGCCGGGCCGCCCCCCGGGGCCGGGCCGCCCCCCGAGGCGGGCGGCGGGGAGCCGGCGGCGGCGGAGGGCGGCGGCGGCGGCGGCGGCAGCGGCGGGGGGGGCUCCAGCAAGAAGUCCAAGUUCGCCUCCAGCCUCCUCAAAAACGUCAUCUCCAAGAAGAUGCAGCUGGAGCACGAGUUCAAGAUGGAGCGGGGCGAGAUCACCGACACCUCCUACAGCGGGCCGGGCGCCGGCCGGGAGCCGGAGCCCGCCGGCGCCGGCCGGGAGCGGCAGCGGGAGGGCGGCGUGCAGCGGCAGAGCUCCCGGCACUCGGAGGGCGGCUCGGACUGCACCGCGGCGACGGCGGAGGAAGCGGGCGAGGGCGGCGGGGGCCGGUCGCCGGCCUCCAAGGCGUCGACGCCCCGCGAGGGCAGCCGCAGCCUGGACCGGGCGCUGUCGGAGGAGCUGUGCGAGGUGAAGCGCAGCGCCUCGGAGGCCAUCAAGGCCACCUUCCUCCGCAGCCAGAACAGCGCCUUCAGGUCCUGGAAGGAGCGGGAGGCGGAAAGGAAGGAGGAGCGGGCCCCCGUCGGCAAGCUGAAGCUCUCCGCCAGGCACGACUGGCGGGCCGACCUGGGCGAGAUCUCCGCCGGCAAGUCCACCAAGAUGUCCCGCCUGUUCGUCCCCGCCAUCCAGCACACCCCCCGGGAGAAGGAGCCCGCCAAGCGGGCGACCAAGUGCUCCGCCGCCGCCGCCGCCUCCUCCUCGCCCCCCGCCGCCAAGCCCAAAGCCCCCGAGAUCAAGAUCAGCCUGGGCAGCCUGCAGCAGCCCCGGGACGCCGCCUUCAGCAUCGCGCAGCUGCUGACGCCGCAGAUCGCGGGCCGGCCGCCGGAGGAGGGCAGGGGCCAGCAGCCCAAGCCGCCCAAGGCCGGCGACGGUCCCGACAAGGUGCCGCAGUUCCUGGUGCGCGACGUGAGGGACGGCAAGCACAGAGCCCAGGGGCCCCUCCACCAGGUGCGGGACGUGCGGAAGCUGAUCAAAAGCUCCUACAGCUGCGACUCGGGGGAUAACAGCAGCGACAAGGGCAGCGUCGCCUCCGACCAGGGCGGCCCGGAGCAGAAACCCCGGCAGCAGCUGGUCAUCGCCGGCGUCCCCAGGUCCCUCUCCCCCGUGGUCAUCACCUGCCAGGCCGUCGGCCACGCCGGCACCAAGCCCAGCGAGGCGGGGGCCAAGGCGGGGGGCAGGGCGCCGGCCUGCCCCCCGGAGGGCACCGUCCUGGUGCACCGCACCUCGGGGAGGCUCCCGGUGGCCACCAUCGCUCCCAACAAGAGCGACCCGCGCCAGCCGGCCGUGCUGAAGAUCGUCUCCAAAUCCACCGCGCCGUGGCGGCACCAGCCCCCGCCGCCGCCCGCCGAGAGGGGCCGGGGGCCGGAGGAGGACCCGCGGGAGGAGGGCAAGGCGGCGCCGGUGCAAAACGCGCUGGAGAAGCUGACGGCGGCGGUGCGGAGCAUGGAGGAGCUGUACAGCUUCAACAAGCGCGAGUGGAAGCGCAAGAGCGACCCGCUGCCCAUCACCGACAGCCACGUCCUCUCCCUCAUCGCCAGCCAGGAGAGGGGCGCCGGCACCCGGCCGACCCCCCCCGCCGCCGCCGCCGCUCCCCCCGCGCCGCCGCCGGCCGAUAAGACGGAGGAGCCGUCGGGCAAGGGGCCGGGCAGCGAGCGGCUGCCCCGCCGCCCCUCCAACAACGCCGCCGACAAGGUCUCGGCCAAGGCGGCCGCCUUCGAGAGCCUGGCCCGGCAGCGGCAGCGCGGCCCGCCGCCCCCCCGCGCCGAGCCCCCCGCCGCCCCCCGCGCCCUCCUCACCCUCCGCGGAGCCGGAGGAGCCGGAGCCGGAGCCCCUGCGCCGGGCAAGCCCCCCUCCGAGGGCGGCCUGCGGGGCCAGGCGGCGCCGCGCUGCCCCCGGCUGCCUGCGGCCGGCGGCGACGGGGAGCGCGGCCCGGACUGCGGGAACUACCUGGCCCUGCCGCUCAAGGCGGCCGCCGAGCCCGGCUCCCCGCCCCCGCCGGCACCGGCGGCGGGGGCGGGCGGCGGCGUCCGCCCCAGCCCGGUGGCGGCCGCGGCGGCGGCGGCGGCGCUGUGCAGCCCGCAGCCCUUCGGCACCGCCAAGCGGGCCGGCAGCCCCGGACCCCCGCGCGCCGAGGAGCCCCCUCCCGCCGCCGCCGCCGCCGCCGCCGCCGCCGCCCCGCCGCCCGCCGAGGGUCCGCCCGCCGCCCUCUACCGCCCGCCGCUGCCCUUCGCCGCCCUGCCCGGCGCCGCGCCGCCGCCGCUGCUCUGCUUCUCGCCCUCCGUGCCCGCCGCCGCGCCGGCGGCCGAGCCCUUCCCGCAGACGCAGCGCAAGGUGCUGCUGGACGUGAGCACCGGGCAGUACUACCUGGUGGACGCGCCGGUGCAGCAGCCCCUCAAGCGGCGCCUCUUCGACCCCGAGACCGGGCAGUACGUGGAGGUGCCGGUGCCCCAGCAGCCGGCUGUCGCCCCCAUCCCGCUGCCCCUCUCGCCCCUGGCCCUCAACGCCGGGGCCUAUGGCGCCACGUACAUGCUCUACCCGGGCCUCCUGCCCGCCGCCGCCAUGCUGCCUGCCGGCACCCUGCCGCGCCCGCUAUCCCACCCGGGCAGCGAUGCCAGCGCCCCGGCCGAGCCCGGCAGCCCGGCGGCGGCAGAGGCGGCUUUCGCCGAGAGCCCCUACUACGUGGCUACCGGCAAGGGCCCGCCGCCGCCACGGCGCGGGGCAGCCGAGGCGAAGCCGGUCAUCAGCAUCACGGCGCCAGCCACCGGCCCACGGAUCGUCGCGCCGCCCUCCUUCGACGGCACCACCAUGCGCUUCGUGGUGGAGCACCGGUGAAGAGCGCGGGGAUAAGGAAGAAGAACCACACUCCUUUAAUCUGAACAACACUUGGUAACUCUAAACAUUCAUCCUAAAAACUGCUUCUACAGUUUUCUCAUUUUUUUGCUUCAUCAUACAAAACAAGCAUGUAAGUUUCUUGUUUUCUCCUAAAUACCCCCCAGUUUUGGAGUACGCAUACAUCUAAUUAUGCAAGCAACACUAAAUUACUGCAUUAUUUUCUGCAAAGUUGUUUUUGUUUUGAAGCCAAUCUGCAGGCUUUAGGUGUUGCCUCUGUGCUGGUGGCUAGCAGCAGCAGUGCCACUACAGCUGUUUGUGAAAUGCAGGGUGUUUCGGUAUAGAUCGAUGCACAGCUUCGUCCAGGUCCCUGGAACGUGUUGUGAUGAUUCAGUGCAGCCCUGCAACUCUUUAAAAAAAAUAAAGAACUCAGCUCUCUCCCAUUGCAGUAAAUGAGGGUCUUCCCCAUAGGUUUUGGUGAGAAUUUGCGAUCAGAUGUCUAUUUUGUACUCUGUACUUCUGCACUUGGAAUUGCAAAUGGAGAGGUCUGUAGUGUUAGGAUUUUAGUGUUCAUUUUUUGGCAUGGUUCAAAACAGAUUGUGUAAAUGUCAGAAAACACAUUUGAUUGCUUUCAUUUUUUGUUUGCUCCUCUGUAUGGUGUCGAACAUCACAAGCUGCCUUAAUUAUGCCAGUGUUUAAAUACUGGGAAGCCAGAAAUUGAAUGUAGUAUUUUCAGAUCCUGGUUCUAAAGGAGAGGACAGCAUUUAUUUUUCUUUAAGACUGCAGUCUGUUCUUCCUUAAAUUGCAACAAUUCUGAAAACAUAAUCCUAGUGAUUCCCCUGUGAGAGGAGCUUUUUAAUGUUACAGUCCCAAUAGUAAUGUAGUCAUUUCUUUAGCUAUUGUUUGGCAGGUUUAUCUGAGGGCUACAUCGACGCUAUCUGUAUUUGCUAAGAAAACAUUUCUCUUUUGAACAAGAAAAUAUAUAUCACUGCAUUUUGAGUAUUCUUAUUUUAUAUAUGUCCAUAUGUUGAACUCUGCUUAAACUGAUUCUUUUGUUGCCAGCAACCAGUUUGUCUCAGCAAAAGAGAAUUGUUAUCAUGACAGUAAAACUAAAUCACAAUAGCGUGUUCCCUGCCCAAAAUUUCAGUUCAGCGAAGCACUUUGGGAAGCUAAUAAAUGUAAGAUCAAGCCUAAAUUAUUUAGCAUAAAGCUUUCUUGAAGUAACAGGUUGGAAAUUUAAAAUCCAAAUGCAAAACCCAAAAGUCUGUACUUAAGCAUUUUCCCACAGGCAGGAUUUUCCUGUGCCUGUUCGCAAGACUUCCUGCUGCUAAGGAAGUUUCAGUUUUUUCUAUUCUUAAAGAAAGCCCCAGGUUUUCAUUUUCCUAACUCACAAGAUACAGAAAACUCAGCUACAACUGUCUUUAACCAUACAUGUGAGAUUGUAUUUCAAUGCAAUUUACUUGUUUACAGGCACAAAUUGAAAUUGCCCUCAGGAUGAAAUGCAAUGCAAGUAUACAGAUAGUGAGUGAUUUAACAUGUAUCUUCUCAUUGAUCUUCAUCGUUGUGGAAAUCCAAUGAAAAAAUACUAUUCUAACCCUUUUUAAAGAGCUUGGCAUGCCCAGCUAGAGCAUAUAGCAUGUAAGCUUAAUGCCCGUGCUCUUCGGUUGUACGCUCUACUGUUAAAAGCUUGAACUUCCUACCGGGAUUAGGGCUGAAUGCCUCUUAAAGAAAAUGAAUGCUUCUUCACCAUUUUCAUGACUGAUAAGUCUGUAGACGUUACGACUGGAGUAUCGGUGUUAAAUGAAACAGUACUUCGGACUGCAGGACAGUGCAGGUACCAGAGUAGAUCGUCCACUGUGACAUACACGUGUACGGUACGUACAUUAUAAUACUAGCAUCCGUGUUUAAAAAUGUUUCUGUCCUCUCUUUUCCUAUAUCGGUGCUUAGAGCGAAGUUUCACAUUGCAGUUUACAAGAUACAGGUUUGCACACACAAACUCAGGGUUUACAGUUUCACCCGGUGUACUUGAAAGGAAAAAAAAUGCGUAGAAAACAAGUGCCCAGGAUUUCAACAUGUAUUUGUUGGAGGAAAAUUUUACAGGGUUUUUUUUAACUGCCUGUGGAGACGAAAGCAAUGAAAUGAGGCAAUACCAGUAGCUAUUUAUUUUCUCAGGGGAGAUUUCUUCAGUGGAAUGUGUCAAUCCUAAUGUCAAACAGCGUUUGCUUAAUUUUGUCUAUUACUAAAGAGACUCCAUGUUUGCAUCAAGGGGUCAGUUUUGCAAGGAGCUUCGCUUCGCAGACCCAGUCCAGCAAAGCCUUCACAUGCAUCUCCAAAUAUCUAAGCAGAUUCCGUGGAACUUCGGUGGAAGCACAAUCUUUUUUUUUUUUCACCCAUCAACAUAACGCUUUGCUGAACUUGGCUCAGAGCGCUGAGUGCCUUGCAGACCCGAGUCCCGGGUUCGUCACUUUAUACAUAUAAAACUGGAGCUCUGGGCUUGAGUCUAGCCGGACCCAGCAGAUAAUGCCACAAAAGGUCGCCAGAAAAAAAUCCAGUAAUACGGUGCUCCUCCAUGAAUACCCAGUGGUGAAUUUCUCCAGCCGAUGGGGUGAUGUGUAACCACAUAUCUUGGAUUAGAGUCAAGCCCUCCGUGUCAGGGUUCACAAGCUGCUAGUAUUAUAUGUUUCACGGUGCAGUCAUAGUAUGUUACAGCUGAAAUUCACCCUGUGUGCAAAGCAGGGCAAAAUCCUGUGCACCACUCGAGUUCCCUUCCAGCCCUGCCGUCAGGGUUCGGGGUCUGCAACAGCCGGCCGGCCACUUCCGCGCGUUUUAGGUCAGGAUCCAAUUAAAAGUUUGAGCGGGACUGGAGUGAUGCACGAAUGUUGUUCUGGUCUUUUGCAGCAGGGUUGGCUUCACUCAGUUAAAUUUAAUCCUUGGUGAAUCACUUGGUGAAUGAUUUAAAAUGUAUUUAUGGGUUGUGUGGGUUUUCUUUUUUUUUUUUUUCCCUUGUCUGCAUUCAAAGCUACCUUUACUCUCUAGUGUUGAUGGCCAAAGUGUCAUUCCUUAUGCUUACAAAUUAGCAGUAACUUGUGGCUACCUGAGAACACAUACUUUAAAAACGCUUGUGGUUUUUUUCCCCUUUUUCUGUUUUUGUUUUCUUUUUUUUCUCUUUUCUUUUUCCUCCCUUUUUUAAAGGGGUGGGUUAUCAGUGUAAAGAUAUUUAAAAGUGCAAAUGUGAAGUAAGGAUAAUGAUUGUUAAGAGGAUGUGGGUGGUAUGUCUGAUGAGAGAGCGGUGGGCUAUUAGGCAAAGGGGAAAAUGCUGUGAACGCAUUGUGUUGAUGAUUGUUGCCUGUGGGGGAAAAAAAUUAAAAAAGAAGAUAUAUAACUGGAGAAAAAUGGACUCUUUGAGCUGCUCUCAACGUAGAUGACACUGUGGCAAGUGCGGAGCCGAAGCCCAAAGUGAUCCCGCUGCAGGAUGCCAUGAGCCUGGGAUUGAAGGACAACAGAGUUGCUCCGAGAAUUGCACUAGCAGCGUGUUGCACGUCGGGAACGCUUCAGUAUGUCACGACCACGCGAGAGCGGACUGUCUGAAACCACUGAGUACCAAAGUUCGUAACUGAAUGAGUUAGCAUUUGUAUUAUGUUGGGGUUUUUUUGAAUGUUAUGAUAAAUAAAAUGUAUUUUUCAGUAAAAGACACACUGCAAGUAA